GUGUUGCAUGAGCAACGAUGAUGUCACGAUGAUCCCUCCCUUGUCCGUUUCCUGUUAGUCAGAGUAUAGCUGAUUGUUGCCCUGUUAUGUUUCUUUCGAUGUGUGCUCUUGCACAGCCUAAUUUUGUUCCCCGGACAGACGCAGUUUUUUGAUGCAGUAUUUGUCUAUACAGUAGCUACCCUAGAGACCGACGUUCUUUUCCGGUAAUCUGUCAUUCAAGUUAUUACCAGAAUCGAAUGACUGCAGUUUUUCGUCUUGAAGGCACUUUGAAAUUGCAAUCACGACUUAUCUAUGAUAACGGGUUACUGGAACUCCGGGGUCGGCGCUGACAGGAAAGGGGAAGAGAAACCGUCUGUCAUGCAGGGUUCGUCCGAGACCGAGGAGUACCUGACGUGCCUCCACGUUCAGCUCUACCACCCCAAGCAGGCCGACGGGCGCGUCUACGCCCUGAUGCCCCUCAACCGGCGGCAGAAGCACCCGGCCGAGGAGCCGCUGCGGCUGGGCCGCGACGAGGAGAGCUGCACCUUCAUCCUGGCCGACCAGCGCGUCUCCCGCAAGCAUCUGUCCAUCCAGGCCUUCCGCUCGCCGCGCUGCUCCGAGCUGCUCUUCCAGGUGCAGAACCUCAGCCGGCGGGGCUUCCUGUCGGUGAACGGCGCCCGGCUGGAGUACCUGCACUGGGCCGAGCUGCCCGGCAAGGCGCUGGUGCGCUUCGGCGACCACCAGCUGCUCGUCCGCCGGGAGCCCGGCGACGGCCUGGGCGCCUUCGAGGUGGAGUUCUGCGUCUCGCCCGCGCCCCCCUGCCAGGAGCUCGGCGGCGGGACGGGGUGCCCUGCAGGGCGCCCGUCGUGGACGGGGGCGGCCAGCUGCCGCCGAGCCCCUCGCUCCCCUCCCCGCAGACCCCCCUGGAGACGGACGAGGAGACGUACCUGUCCUGAGGGUCCCCCCCCCCCCGGGAAAAAGGCCUCGCUCGGGGCUGUGGGGUGCCCCCCAGAGCGCCCAGGACUCUGGAACAGACUAGAACAUUCCGUUCAGGCUCCUCCUGUUCCCCUACGCUCAUCCCUCAUCCCAGUGACCGUGCGUGAACUUAGGGGGCAGCCGGCAACGGGAAAGUGAAUUACUGCAGAGAUGUGGGAGGAGCUGAAGAUGCCCAAGUGAUGUUAGGUGAAAUGAAAAGGGAAGAGUAACCCUGACCUAGAGGAAGCAGCUUUUAGACAGUUUUUUAUUCAAGAUUGAGCCUUCUUCCCAUCCCCUUUACUUAUCUGUAGCAUACAUAUAUUUAGUGAUUUAAUUUGUACUUUUUAAAAAUGGAAUUUGCAGGCGUAACAUACUGUGAAUGUGAACAUAAGGUCGUCCUGUACUGUCCCUAAAUAUUUUUAAAUUGUCAUGCGUAGUUUUAUAAAUAGAACCGCAGAAUAA